CAGGAAGCAGAAACCAGAGUGCGAUGAUUUUAGUUCGUGGUGUGUUUCUGUUGGACGUUUCGAACGUGCAACAUUCACCCUGGAUGUUAGGGACUUUAUAAAGAAAGACCUUUACUAGAAUAAAAGGAAACGAGGCUCGAUGAGUAUCCGGGCGCUGUGGGUCGUCACCCACGAGAAGGGUGAAGCUGUAAAAGUGCAAUUUUCCAGGCGAUACCCCUCAGUGGAGUUUCGUGCUAAAACCUUUGCUGGAUCUCACCAUGUGUCUGUUCCUGAGGAUUGUGAAAUAGCCCACUUGCUACUGAGUGAACUGGGCCUGGCAGACCCUGACAAGCCUUAUAUUGCUGCAAGGGAUGACUGUUCUCGCCAGCAGCGAUCUCCUGCACUGGAGCUCUGUGUUGGUAGCUCAGGUGAGAGGACACUAUGGCCGGUCCUAACCAUCGUCCAGGGUGGACUAAUCCUUGCCUGUCUCCCGCUAAUCGAAGUCCCACCUGAUCCCCGGCCUUCCCUUCCCAGCCUAGCUUCUGUCUCUCAGGGCUUAGCCCUCUUAUCUAGCCUACAGGGCUUUCUUUGUGGCACAGGGGGAAAACUACCAGAACCGGAUGUGCUUGUCUCUCGCUUGGCAACCCUUCCAUCAGUACUGAUGCAGGUUUGUCCAUUAGGGACUCCCCUGGACACUCUACCUCAGUCUGAGAUGCUGCCUGCUGCUCUGGCUCCAGGCCCUGGUGGUGCUCAGAAACAACCUGCGUGGAAAACAGGAGUUUAUCGAGGGAGAGCUGUGGUAAACGUGGCUCUCACAGAGAUGGUGAGGUCCAUGCAGUAUGGAAACCAGAACAAACAGGAUCUGUGGGAUGUGCAUGGGACAGUAACCUGCAAAUGUGAAGUGGAGGGUGUUCUGCCCAAUGUUACAGUCACCCUCACCCUGCCGCCCAUUGGCUCACCCCUGCAGGAUAUCCUUGUGCACCCCUGUGUUACUUCGCUUGAUUCCAGUAUUCUUACAGCUACUAGUGUGGAGGACAACGAUGGCUCUGCCUUUUCAGGGCCAUACAAAUUUCCUUUCUCUCCACCUUUGGAGCCUUUCCGACUUUGUAGUUAUACCUCCCAGGUACCUGUGCCGCCUAUACUUGGUUCCUACCAUCUCAAGUCAGAGGACAACCAGCUCAAGCUCAACGUAGUCCUCAAACUCCACGAGAGUGUCAAAAACAGCUUUGAAUACUGUGAAGCACAUCUGCCAUUUUUCAACAGAAACCUCAUGGGCAAUGUGGAAAUAAAAGUGACCUCAGGACAGUUCGAGGUUUCAAAAGAGAAGAAUCUGCUCGUUUGGUUUCUUGGUCAGAAAUUCCCAAAGUCACGAGAGGUAACUCUGGAUGGUACGAUUCAUUUCUCAGGGCAUGUUGCUGGACCAUCAGACCCUAUGUGUACAGAUCUCACUGCAUAUGUGAAGCUUUAUUUCCGAGUACCUGAAAUGACUUUAUCUGGAUGCUGUGUGGACCAGCACUCUGUACAAGUGUACUCCUCAACAAAGCCACGUAUCAUCACAACACGAGAACUGGUGUCCUCUGAUUACUACAUCUGGAACUCCACUGGAGACGCACCUGUGUGUUCUGGACCUGUGACACUGUAGCAAUGUGAUUAACCACAACAUAGAGACCUUCAUAGCUGAUAAAUACACAGUGUUGAUUAAAAUUGGAGAAAAAUUUAUAAACUUUUGAUUUAUUAUUUUUUUAAAAUAGUGAUAAUAUUGUGGUAGCAUUCCGGUAUCAUAGUGGUUAAGGCGUUGGACUACUGAUCAGAAGGUCAUGAGUUCAUAUCCCAGGUCCACCAGGCUGCUUCUGCUGGGCCCCUGAGCAAGGCCCUUAACCCUCAAUUGCUCAGUUGUGUAAAUUGAAAUAAAAUGUAAGUCACUCUGGAUAAGAGUGUCUGCUAAAUGCCAGAAAUGUAAAAUAAUAUUCAUUGCAUAAUAUAUCUGAAGGAUUAUUAGCUGUAGGUAUACCACUGUUCUACUGGCAUGUUGUACAAAGUUACCAAGGAACAAAAACCUUUAUUUUGUGGAAAGCACAGUGAUCAAAAUUAGAUAACAGUAACCACAAAAAACUGCUUUUGUAGCACAAAAGCAGAUUACUAAAUGAUUUUUUUUUUCAAAAUUUGAUAACUGUAUCCACAGAAUAAAGGUUUUUGUUGAAGUCCUGGGUUAUUUUUAAAACAUGCUAGCAGAUCAAUGGUAUAGUGAUGAGCGAUGAAGAUAUUUCAGAAUAUUUAAUUAAAAAAAAAAUCAAGUGCUUUUUUCUCUUUUUUGACCAAAUCUUUCUCUAAUUUUGACCACCACUGAAUGUAUUUUUACCUGAAUAAAAGCCCACAGGACAAAAGAGUGUCAGCAAAUACUUCAUUGCUCAGUGAAUGGGGUGUUAAAGCUGCUACCCAGGGAGAGUCAACCCUCUGCAGGUAUUUGUUCCAGUUUUAUCCCCCAUGCCAAGCCUCUCUACUGGACACAUGAGAUGCUUUCUUUCUUUACAGAAGUUCUUUACAGAAGUUCUUUCUUUCUUUACAGAAGUUUUUUUUUUUUUUUACAGAAUAUAAACAAUAAGUAAAACUAAUAAUAAGGCACACUGACUGAAGUUAAAUCAAAUGUUUUACACACUUGUUGAGUUUUAUGUGUUUUUUAUUUAUUUAUUUUUUAAUCAUAUUAAUGUUUUUCUUAAAUGCAAUUAAUUGCUCCUUCAUUUUGCUUUGUCCCAAUUGGCUUUUGGACAAAGGUUAUAAGGAGACUCCUUGAAGCUUAGACCUUGUCUGGCUUUAUUGGUGUUGAAAUAAAACUGACUGGCUUGACAGACAGAAAGACUGGGAAAUUGGAUAGAAGUCUAAAGUGGUCUCUAGCAAUUGCUCCACAUUGGCCCACUUCAGCUUGUCUCUGCCCAUUAUUCUCUACAAAAAGUCCUUCAUGUAAUAAUUAAGCAGUGUCUAACGUGAAAAGCUUAGAAUCCUUUUAUUUGUCCUGGAUGAUGGUCAGGUCAGAUCUCUUCCCCUCAGUAUGAAAUUAAAUCCUUAAAAACAAUUAGAAAAAUAUUUAGGUUAAUAAAGGAAUAAUAAAAUAAAGUGUGCAAGUGUGCACAUCACUAAACAAAUAGUUUGGUACCUUUUUUUUACUUGUAAUUUACUCUUUGUACUAAUGCUAAUAUGUUGACUUGAUCAGAAUUUCUUACUCUUUCUUGCAAAAACAAUCUAUAUUAUCAAAUUGUUAUCUAUAUUAUCAAAUUGUAAGGUUGUGUCCUGUGUACUUUCUAAUGUACUUCAGGUGACUCACACAGAAUUUAAGGUCUGGACUCUGGUAUGAUCUUCGUUUGGUUAAGCCACUACUUUCCUAAUUUGAAUGUAUACUUUGGUUCAUUGUCAAGCUGAAAGGUAAAACUCUUUUUCAUCUUCAGCUUACAAACAGAUACCUGACAGCUGUGCACUAAAGUUGACUUGUUUUUGUAGUUCGUGUGUGUGUGUGUGUGUGUGUGUGUGUGUGUGUGUGUGUGUGUGUGUGUGUGUGUGUACAGAAUUAUUAUAACUUUUUGUAUUGGUCUCAUUGGACCAUAACACAUAGUUUGGGGUGAUUAGAAUGGUCUUCCGUCUAGUCGUCCUACCCCAUAGCCCCAAAAAAAUGUGGAGAGUAUGAAAUCAGUCACAUGCAGAGAUUAACCAGUAAAUAUCAGAUAUUCCUUCAGCAUCUCUUAUGUUGCUCUAAGUCUAACUGGUAAGUUUUUAUCUUGUCCUUUACUCUUUUCCAUUAAUUAUGGACUGACAUCAGGACAUAAAUUUUAUUAUAGCAAUAUGAAACUGAAUGUGAUUGGUUCAUUCUUAACACAGACACACACCCAAUUAUUAAAGGCUGUGUACAUUUGUGCAACCACAGUGUCUCUGUUUUUCACAUUAUUUUUAUACAUUGUAAUUACACAUUGGUUUUAACAAUAACGGUAUACAUGAAAUAUAUUGUACCUGCAGUUUGUAAGACAUUUCCGAUCAGUUCAUUUUAAUGUUGAAGCACUGUUAGCAAGACACACGGCCACAAAGCGGCUUUACAGAAACUUGGAUGUAGAUCUGUAAUGAGCAAGAUAGAGAGGACAUGAGGAAGGAACAUUGAGACAAACCGAUCUAUUGAUACAGAUGAGCUUAUAUAUCCAAGUCACAGAGAGACUUUUGGAUUAAAGUCUGACUGCCAGUUUCUUGUUAAACGUAGCAUAUUUGAUGCACUAGUACUCAGAUUCUUUUCUCCAUAAUACAGUAAACUGAAAUGUAAUUCUAGUGUUUAGUACAUAUUUACAUCAAAGUGAAUUAUAACAGUUUUUGCUAUGAGAGUGCAUUUAUCACAAAUAUCACACCUCUUCAAUAAAUGGACUAGGCUGUAAUAUGUUCUCAGGUUGUCUGUUAGUCUGUUCUAUGUGGGAUUAAAUGUUUGUAGGAUUUACAUGGAAAUAUUAUUGCAACCAGCAGUUUAUCUGCUUUGAUUUUAGAAUCGAUCCAAACUGGUUCAAAGUCAAAUGAAGUUCAAAUGUAUGAAAUAAAUUUACUUCACUGGCUUCCUUCCUGCUUGAAUAAAAACAAAUAUUUAAGCAUAUUUCUGGCAUAGAAGAACUAGACUUGUUGGCAGUGCUGCUGACAUUGAGUUCUACUUGUUAAUUAUAUUUUCCUAUCAUUCUGUUUAUAUCACUAACUUUUUGAAUAAUGCCACCUUUAAGUAAUACAGUAUGUAGAAAAAAAAAUUAAAAAUCAGCCACAGUGUUGUUUCUGUCAAUCUCAAUUCUUUUUUCUUCUAUUUUGCUCUUGAAUUAGCUACAUAAUAGUGCUAAAGAGUCGUGAUGUCGAUAUUAUGCACAAUAAUGGUGCUGAUUAUUUUAGCCAUUAUCAUUCCGUGCUGCUAUUGUGUAAACACUAUGACUGUUAUUGUUACACUUGCACUACGAUGUUCGUUAUAUGAGCCUCAGUGUCUGUCGUGUCUGUUGGUUAUUUGCCUUUGUCAUUGCCAGGUUUUUCUCACAGGGACGUCCUCAUCACAAACCCACUGCCUGUGACCAAUCUGUUGGCUUGAUCUUAUCUGACAGAAAGAGCUCAUCACCUGUUUGUUGCUGUAAAGCUGAUGCCAAUUAGCCUGGAACUAUAUGAAAUUUCAGCUGAAUAUGUAGAAAACACUGUAACUGUAGGUUAUACUUAUUCCUUGAGCUGAGUGCUUAUGAAUGAUUUAGACACUACACUGAAUGUAUAUUUUUGUUGCAUUAAAACCCUUUUUAUAAAGA